UUACGCAACUUGUGACCAUGGCCCUGGGAAAUUUAACUUCCCGAGCAGCUAUGAUAGCUCAUGUUUCACCAUCUGCAGAGCGUUUCUCCGAAACGUUAUUCACAAUUCAACUUGCCUCUCGGGUGCAUCGCCUUAGGCGAAAAAAACUAAAGCAAUUUUCUUCCAAAGCCUCUGGAGACGGGGAAGGCAAAGACGUGUGUCAGCCUUGUGUCAGAUCUGACGCUGUUAGCGAAGACGAGGCUGCUUCCAGAGUCAGUGAUCCGGAUUAUACCUCAGGCAGUGAGCAGUCUUGUGUAACCGCCAUCUUUGUGGGGAAUCCAGACAUUCCAAGGGGAGACAGUCGCUUGCUUAGCAAAGAGAAACACCAGAGGGUCCAAAAAUACUCUUCUAAAUCCUCAAUGUCCCAAACACUUUCUACAAAAGCAGCAAGCUCGCAAUCUUCAGCGGCUGAUCUCAAGACGUCUGGGUCUUCAGGAAGAAAAGGAGCUUCACUUAUUAGGUCUUCAGCGUCAUCUACCUCCACAUUCAGAGGUCGAAGUCAGAAGAAGAGUGCAUUAGGAUCGGUAAACCCCCAUGUGCCAAAACAAUAUCAACCAAAAGAUCCCUUAGGUUUUCUUCCUUCAGACCAGAUUACACGAAAGCCAUUUAUUCAAGCCCCACGUAAGCUUAGUAUAAAACAUCGUCUUGAAUUAACAAAACAAAAACAUCUCAGUCCGAGUCGUCCUACGACUCCGACAAAAAUUUUUUUUCUCAAAGGGAGCAAAAUGUUCCGAGUGAUGAACUAUGGAUUGAUGGACCUCGGUUUACAAAGCCAAAGUUCGACUCUAAGACUCUUCAGUAUCUCCAAAAGGAACAGUGGGUUGAUGGGCCGGCAGUUUGUGGCACACAUAAUGACCUUAAAAAGACCAUGAUAAAACGCUGGGUGCAAGAACACUCUUUUUCAUCUACGAUUGGCACAGAAAAGAAGCAGUCAGAAGUUUGGAUUGACUUGCCUGCCUCUAGCAAACUGAAUGAUCAAGUCUUAAGCAAUUCAACGCAG